UCUUCUCACGUGACCCCUCCUCUCCUCUCCCUCUCGGCUCCAUAUUGAAUUUGAAACUGAAGGAAACGAGUCUGGUCACAAAAUGGAGGUAUCCAGGCCUGAAGCGUGUAAAAGCAACUAGAAGAAAGGGAGAACCUGGCUGCCUCCAUUAGUAACUGCUACUACAUAAGAGGCAGAGAGGAAACUCCAGAGGAUAGCAUAACAGGUUAAAAGGAGCAACUGAGUUAGUGCAUCCUUCCAAAAUGUCUGGGAUCAAAGAGGAGAGAGAUAUUGAAGACUACAAGAGGAAAGGAAGAAGAUCUUCACAGGGCCAUGACCCGAAGGAGCCAGAACAGUUGAGAAAACUGUUCAUUGGAGGCCUGAGCUUUGAAACAACAGAUGAUAGCUUAAGAGAACAUUUUGAAAAAUGGGGCACGCUCACAGACUGUGUGGUGAUGAGAGACCCACAAACAAAACGUUCCAGAGGCUUUGGCUUUGUGACAUACUCUUGUGUGGAAGAGGUAGAUGCUGCAAUGAGUGCUCGACCACAUAAGGUUGAUGGGCGUGUGGUCGAGCCCAAGAGAGCAGUUUCUAGAGAAGAUUCUGUAAAGCCUGGAGCACACUUAACAGUAAAGAAAAUAUUUGUUGGUGGAAUUAAAGAAGAUACAGAAGAGUAUAAUUUAAGAGACUACUUUGAAAAAUAUGGCAAGAUUGAAACCAUAGAAGUCAUGGAAGACAGGCAGAGUGGAAAGAAAAGAGGAUUUGCUUUUGUAACUUUUGAUGAUCAUGAUACAGUUGAUAAAAUUGUUGUUCAGAAAUAUCAUACUAUAAAUGGACAUAAUUGUGAAGUGAAAAAAGCACUUUCCAAGCAAGAGAUGCAAACUGCUAGCUCACAGAGAGGUCGCGGGGGUGGCUCAGGCAACUUCAUGGGUCGUGGAAGUUUUGGAGGAGGAGGAGGUGGUGGUGGUGGAAAUUUCAGCCGAGGAGGAAACUUUGGUGGCAGAGGAGGCUAUGGUGGCGGUAGCGGUGGUGGUGGGAGAAGUGGAAGCUUUGGGAGUGGUGAUGGAUAUAAUGGAUUUGGCGAUGGUGGGAACUAUGGAGGUGGCCCUGGUUACAGUAGUAGAGGGGGUUACGGUGGUGGUGGUGGAGGACCAGGAUACGGAAACCCAGGUGGUGGAUAUGGUGGCGGCGGUGGUGGAGGAGGAGGAGGAGGAGGUGGUGGAUACGAUGGUUACAACGAAGGAGGAAAUUUUGGUGGCGGUAACUAUGGUGGCAGUGGAAACUAUAACGAUUUUGGCAAUUAUAGUGGACAACAGCAGUCAAACUAUGGACCCAUGAAAGGAGGUGGCAGUUUUGGUGGCAGAAGCUCAGGCAGUCCCUAUGGUGGUGGUUAUGGAUCUGGAGGUGGCAGUGGUGGCUAUGGUGGCCGAAGAUUCUAAACUGAACCAGAAAAAGGGCUACAGUUCUUAGCAGGAGAGAGAGAGCGAGGAGUUGUCAGGAAAGCUGCAGGUUACUUUGAGACAGUCGUCCCAAAUGCAUUAGAGGAACUGUAAAAUCUGCCACAGAAGGAACGAUGAUCCAUAGUCAGAAAAGUUACUGCAGCUUAAACAGAAAACCCUUCUUGUUCAGGACUGCCAUAGCCACAGUUUGCAAAAAGUGCAGCUAUUGAUUAAUGCAAUGUAGUGUCAAUUAGAUGUACAUUCCUGAGGUCUUCUAUCUGUUGUAGCUUUGUCUUUCUUUUUUUUUUUUUUUUUCUCAUUACAUCAGGUAUAUUGCCCUGUAAAUUGUGGUAGUGGUACCAGGAAUAAAAAACAAUUAAGGAAUUUUUAACUUUUCAAUAUUUGUGUAGUUCAGUUUUUCCACAUUUAGUUCAGACUUUAACAAAAAUAAAGAAAUGUAGUUUAGGGUGUUUCUUGUUAAUAGAGAAGAUUGAUGCAUUUCUCAGUUACCAUUUUGUGUUAACUUUAACUGUAGAAACACCUGAUUUGCAGUCUUAAGGGGUCUAGUCUCAAUGCAUAUAUGUAACUCCCAUUGACAUGAGUUAUAUAUAUAUAUAUGCAAAUAGAGAUAACAUAUGUUGCGUUAUAGUUUGUUUUAGAUGUAUUAUUAGGAUUGAGUUAUUUAAACUAGUGUUUGUGAAUGAUAGAAUUAAGCUUACUUUCAAAUGAAAAUUUCAAAUUA